AUGUCAUACAAUAAUGGCACCAGGAUAAACCACUUCUUCAUCACUGGAUUCCCUGGACUCUCUGCUCAAUACUAUGUACCUGUGUCACUGGUGCUUCUCAUUGUCUUCUUGGCUAUAGCUAUUGGCAACAUUUUUAUUCUAGCUCUUGUGAAAUGUGAACGUCAUCUUCAUAAACCCACUUACUUAAUAUUUUGUCAUCUUGCAUUGACUGAUUUAGCAUUUGGAACAACUACGCUCCCCAAAAUUAUUUCCAAAUACUGGUUUGACGAUAGUCUGAUAGAAUUUCAUAGCUGUUUUUUCCAGAUGUUUUUAGUUCAUUUUUUAGGAGCAGCUCACUCCCUUAUUCUAAUGGUCAUGGCUUUAGAUCGACUUCUCGCUAUUUCCUUUCCUCUGCGUUACUCUAGUGCUUUCACAAACAAAACAGUGUCUAUACUAUGUGGUCUGUCAUGGUUCAUUUCAAUGUCUUGGAUGGUUUUUAUUGUAAUUGAUGCAUAUACUUUGCCUUACUGUGAUUCUAAUAUCAUUGUCCAGUGCUAUUGUGACCACAUUGGCAUCACCGCACUGGGCUGUGACAAAGUGAGAGAUGUACAGGUUAUAGCGUUCGGUGGGGCUAUGUUUUUCUUGUUAGUGCCACUGACUUUCAUAAUCUCUUCCUAUUUUGCUAUAAUUGUGGCCGUCAUGAGGAUUUCUAGCCAUGACGGUCGUAUGAGGGCUCUCUCAACAUGCACUCCACAGCUGCUUAUCACAUUGCUGUAUUACUUGCCAAGGUGUUUUGUGUACCUGGCCAACAAUGUAGGUUUCACAUUUAGUGUUCCUAUUCGUAUUCUGGUGGUUAUGCUUUAUAGUCUGAUACCUGCAGCGGUGAAUCCAUUGAUAUACUGCUUUAAAACGAAAGAUAUCAAAGAAUGUCUGAAUAAAAGAUAUAACAGGACAAAAAUUCAUAUUGGUUUAAGACAACAGUUACAUAAGAACAAUUGCAUUAGUGUUAACUGA